GAUAUACUUCUGUCAGAAAGAUUGUCAUUUUCUGCUUCAGUCAAUUUAAUUUGGUUAUGUCUUAAAUUUUUGUGUCGUGUAUCAUGUGUGAUGUAGAAAAUUAUCUAUUAAGGUGAAAAGACAAACAAAUUGAUGAAUUAGAGCAAGCAACAACUUGGCGCAGAUGUAGAAGUGAGUGAUGUGAUAAAAGACUGAAAUAUAAUAAAAAAAUAAAACAAAUUAGUGAAGCCGAUACAAAACCAAGAAGCAAGUGCAAAUAUAAAUUUAUCAUCGAUCUGCAACAUUAGUUAUUUUAUUUAUCAAAAAUGACGGCCGUACGUUCGAUGGACGCUGACAAGCCGCUCCUGGGUCACAAGAAGUCAUCAGGAUUUUUGGAGAUCGCAAUAGCCGCUUUAAGGAUCUCUUCGACUCCAGUUAAAGUGCCUUCUAGUGGAUUGAUGAAAACAGAUUUAAAAGGACAGGAUGAUAGACAUGGACCCAUUUUUACAUUAGAUCAAGUAUCCUACCAUGAUCAACCCGACGAUUGCUGGCUGAUAAUAUAUGACCGCGUUUAUGACGUUACGGAGUUCUUAUCAAAGCAUCCCGGAGGAUCAGACAUAAUGCUCGAAUACGCUGGAAGAGAUGCCAGCAUGGCUUUUAGGGGAGUCGGGCACACUACGGCUGCCCUGAAUGCCCUAGAAAAAUACAAAAUCGGUCAACUGCCCCAGAGCGAAUGCAUAUUCAGGACGUCUACAGGACUGAGAUUGAGUGGAAUACCUGAUUGAUAAAGUGGAAGAUUUAUGCAGAAUAAUUAUAAGUGAAUAAUAGAAUGGAUCAACAAAUUAAUCUAUAUAAGUUAAUUGAUG